AUGGAGGCGGCUGCAGGAGCCAGCCCCACACCACGGCCCAGGCUCCUCUGGACAGAGGCGUGGCGAGCCCGGCUGGCAGGGGCUCAGGAAGCCAGAACAGGGACAGCGGUGAGAUUGGCCGAUGCCGCAGAGACCUUCCAGAAAGCCCACCGCUGGCAGGACAACAUCAAGUUCAACGAGAAGGCGCAGCCCGUGUCCUGCUUCACGCACCUGGUGCAGGCCAACGUGCGCAACAAGAAGCUGUUCAAGGAGGCCGUGCAGGGCAUGGUGCGCGUGUUCACCUUCUCCGUGGGGCAGCACAACUACGACGUCACGCCCCUGCAGUGGAUGGCCUGCGCCAACAAAGGUUACUAUUUUGAGAUCCCUUCCAUCGGCGCCAUCCGCAUCAACACACAGGAAUAUCUGGACGUGCUGGGCAGGCCCAUGGUGCUGGCGGGCAAGGAGGCCAAGCAGGUGCAGUGGACUAACGUGUACGAGGACGCGCUGGGGCUGGGGCUGGUGGUGACGGGGACCCUCCCAGUGUUCAACCUGACGCAGGAUGGCCCUGGGGAGAAGAAGAACCAGCUGAUCCUGGGCGUGAUGGGUAUUGAUGUGGCGCUGAAUGACAUCAAGAGGCUGACUCCCAACUACACGCUUGGAGCCAACGGCUACGUGUUUGCCAUUGACCUGAACGGCUACGUGUUGCUGCACCCCAACCUCAAGCCCCAGACUACCAACUUCCGGGAGCCCGUGACUCUGGACUUCCUGGACGCAGAGCUGGAAGAUGAGAAUAAGGAGGAGAUCCGUCGGAGCAUGAUCGACGGCAACAAGGGCCACAAGCAGAUCAGAACAUUGGUCAAGUCCCUGGACGAGCGGUACAUCGAUGAGGUGAUGCGGAACUACACCUGGGUGCCCAUAAGGAGCACCAACUACAGGUGAGUGGGGCCACGGUGGGGCCGGCAGGGAAGGGCGGGGGGCCCCAAGCCCAGCUGGCCCCACACCAGAGUGCAG